CUACCAAUCCAGAAACUAUUUUGAAAAUUACAACCGGUACGUGUUAUCUGGGUUUGGAAUGUUCUAUUCAUCGUUUAGGCUGCUUAGAUUGGAGAGAAAUAUGCGAUGGUAAAUGUGAUUGUUUAGAUAGAUGUGAAGAUGAAGCCUUUUGUUCAAUGUUAAGGGAAAAUACAUGUAAGAGAGAUGACGAAUAUCAAUGUCUAAAUAAGAUGUGUGUACCGAGUGUACUGUCAUUCGAUAAAUCACCAAUUGAUUGUGUAGAUGGCUCAGAUGAAACAGUUGGUAAUUUUUUCCAUAGAGAUGAUUGUUUUAAAACAGCAUCAGAUAAUUGUGAUGAAAUUUCGUGUGAUUGGUUAGAAUUUACUUGUGGAGAUGGUCAAUGCAAAGAAUCAUUUGUUCCUAAUAUUUAUCAUGUUUAUCGGCCUGAAUUUAAUUGUGCAAAUGGACGGGAUUUACUUUAUACACGAAAUAUGUUGACAUUUGAGAAUAAUAAUGGAAUUAAUGUAAUAUUUUUGCAGAAAACGUCAUCACAGCAACAUUCGAAAACAACAAAUGUUUUUGUUCAUGAACAUCAACAAUUAGUUACUGUUACCAAGGACGAAAAUUUAGAUCUAUUAUGGCAUUGUAAUCGUGGAAUCUUAAUUGAAUCGACUAAUCCAGGAAAUUAUUGCCUUUGUUCACAGAAUUAUUAUGGUAGUCGAUGUCAAUAUCAGUCAGAACAUAUACUCAUUAAUUUAUUCAUUGCAACACCCACGUUGUCAAAAUAUUCUUCAGUUAUGCAGUUACUUAUUUUAAUGAUUGACUCAGCUAUUGACGAUGCAGUUGUUUCCUACGACUAUAUUUAUCAUUUCUCAGACGAUUGUAUACCAAAAUAUAGUGUACAAUUAUUAUAUCCAAAAAUACCAAUACAAUUCGCAAGUCAUUAUUAUAUUCGAAUUGAUGCUUAUAAUCAGCAUGAAAUUGGUAAUACGAAUACGAAACUUGAAUAUAAAGCCUCUUGGUAUUUUGAUAUUGAUUUUUCGUUUUUGCCUGUCAAUCGUUUGUCAACAGUUUUAAUUAUACCAGAAAUUAGUCAUGUUCAAAGAUCAUGCUCUGAAACAAAUUUAACAUGUGUUCAUGGACGGUGUACUGAAUACUUAAAUACGAAACAAUUUUUUUGUCAUUGUGAAAUGGGAUGGUCAGGUAAAAAUUGUAGUUCAUAUCAACAGUGCGGUUGUGCUAAUGAUUCAAUUUGUAUUGCUCGUAAAACUAUUGCUACAAUGGUAAAUCUUUCACCAAUUUGUCUAUGUCAGUUAGGUAAAACUGGUCGUUCAUGUCAUGCUUCAAAUCCUAGUUGUUCGUAUUCGUCAUGUUCAAACGGUGGUACUUGUGUGCCAUUGGAUGUAAGACAUUUAAAUACUAAAUGUAUUUGUCCAAAUGGAUAUACAGGACUUGAUUGUAGUUUAAAAAUGGCUGAAAUUAAUAUUUUGUUUCAAAUACCAAAAAUACCAUUGUCUGUCAUUGUACAUUGCAUUAGCGAAAUUGGAAUUGAAUUUUCAUUUUAUGAACGUAUUCCAUUGAAUCUAGAUCAAUUAACCAUACAAUUAAA